CUUCACUAUCAACUCAAAGUUUGUUUAACUGUCAUCAAACUUAAACAGACAAAUUCAGCGCUCUUCCCGCUACGCAGUUCACUCUCAUUCAUUUCAUGUCAUCUUCAUUCAAUUCAUAUUUACACCCCCAUUCUUUGAUCCCAUACCCCCACCAUGAAACCAUCCACCUCCGCCGAUCCAUUCAUCAAAACCGCCGCGCUCUUCACCGUCGCCGUCACUUUCUUCUACCUCGGUAAACACUGGUCCAAUCGCUCUCAACAACAACUCAUUUUCUUCACCACCACAACAACAACCGAUCAAAUCUCCAUUUCCCCCAAUUUCAACAAAUUCUUCAACAUCUCCGCCAUAAUCAACCCUAACCAAACACCAGAAACCGUGAAAAUUAAGAAAUCAGGGGUUCUGAAUGAGGAUGGAACAAUGUCUGAUGAGUUUGAGGUUGGUGAAUUUGAUCCGGAUUUUGUGGAUGAAGCACAAAGUGAUGUUAAGGAUAAUUCAAAUGAUGAAGUGAAAUUGAAAGUGAAGAAAUUUGAAUUGUGUAAGGGAAGUAUGAGUGAGUAUAUACCGUGUUUGGAUAAUGUUGAUGAGAUUAGGAAGCUGGAAUCAGUGGAGAGAGGGGAGAGAUUUGAGAGGCAUUGUCCAGUUGAGGAGAAACGGUUUAAUUGUUUGGUUCCGGCGCCUAAAGGUUACCGGGAGCCGAUUCCUUGGCCUAGAAGCCGCGACGAGGUGUGGUACAGUAAUGUUCCCCACACUCGUCUUGUGGAAGAUAAAGGGGGUCAAAAUUGGAUUAGAAGAGACAAGAAUAAGUUCAAGUUUCCAGGAGGUGGCACCCAAUUUAUACACGGAGCAGAUCAAUACUUGGACCAUAUUUCUAAGAUGGUUCCUGACAUCACAUUUGGUCAAAAUAUAAGAGUUGCUCUUGAUGUUGGCUGUGGUGUAGCUAGUUUUGGCGCAUACUUAUUGUCAAGAAAUGUCAUCACGAUGUCCGUUGCCCCAAAGGAUAUUCAUGAGAAUCAGAUCCAAUUUGCUCUUGAGCGUGGUGUCCCAGCGAUGGUGGCAGCAUUUGCAACUAGACGUUUAUUAUAUCCAAGUCAAGCUUUUGAUUUGAUACAUUGUUCACGCUGCAGAAUUAAUUGGACUCGAGAUGAUGGUAUUUUGCUGCUUGAAGCUAAUAGGAUGCUAAGGGCAGGAGGGUACUUUGUCUGGGCUGCCCAACCAGUUUAUAAACAUGAGCAAAAUUUAGAAGAACAAUGGGAAGAGAUGAUUAAUCUUACUACUCGUCUAUGCUGGAAGUUUUUGAAAAAAGAUGGGUAUGUUGCAAUAUGGCAGAAACCCUUCGACAAUAGCUGCUAUCUAAACCGUGAGGCAGAAACUAAGCCUCCACUCUGUGACAUAACUGAGGACCCAGACAAUAUCUGGUAUGUUAAUUUAAAAGCAUGCAUCUCUCAAUUGCCUGAGAAUGGAUAUGGAGUAAAUCUUACCAAAUGGCCUGCACGUUUGCAAACUUCACCUGAUAGGCUCCAAAGCAUAAAACUUGAUGCUCUCCUAUCCAGAAAAGAGCUUUUUAAGGCAGAAUCAAAAUAUUGGAAUGAGGUAAUAGCAAGUUAUGUACGUGCUUACCGUUGGAAGACGAUGAGAUUAAGAAAUGUUAUAGACAUGAGAGCUGGUUUUGGCGGAUUUGCAGCUGCGUUGAUUGACCAGAAUCUUGACAGCUGGGUUAUGAAUGUUGUUCCUGUUAGUGGCCCAAACACCUUGCCUGUGAUAUAUGACCGUGGGCUUAUCGGAGUUAUGCAUGAUUGGUGUGAAUCAUUUGACACUUAUCCAAGAACCUAUGAUCUUCUGCAUGCUUCAUAUCUGCUUUCUGUUGAGAAGAAAAGAUGCAAUGUCUCAUCAAUCAUGCUUGAGAUGGAUCGGAUACUUAGACCUGGUGGACAUGUAUACAUCCGAGAUUCUCUUUCUAUCAUGGAUGAGCUUCUGGAGAUUGCCAAGGCUAUCGGCUGGCAAGCCACAUUGCGAGACACGGCUGAGGGUCCACAUGCAAGUUAUAGAAUCUUGGUUUGUGAUAAGCUCAUACCACACGGUUGAUGCAAUCAGGUUAUAAAACUCAUGUUCUUGGUUUCUGAAUUGAUGGUCCCUGCAGCUGCAAUGGGGAAUUCAACAGUUGACACAAGUUUAGGACGAUGCAAGCGUAAAUAUCUCACUUCCUUAUAUGUGUAUGGACUCUGCAGGCAAUCAAUGCUAUUGAUUCUUGACAUCAGAUCGCAAGAGCUGAUUAGGUAUAGUCUAUCAUUUAACUUCUGUAUAAUUCAAUUUAAUUGUAUAUUAUAAAGCAUGCCAGUAUCUCUGCCUGUAUGAUAAAGAAACACUACAAAAGAAACCACAAGCAAAAAACAAUAGCAAUUUGUUCAAAUUCCAUUA